CCAGAGGCAUUAGUGCAGUUUCUUGCGAAAGUCAGCCGUGUUUACGCUUUUCUGCAACGUACUCUCUGCAAAUUUUCUCAAUUUUCACAAUGUCCAAGCUAGAAAUUCCCCAUGUAGAUAAGGAAUUGGAUCUAUCGAAUGCAGGACGGGGAGUUUGGUUGGUAAAAGUGCCAAAGUACAUAGCUAAUAAGUGGGAAAAGGCACCGGGAAAUAUUGAAGUGGGUAAAUUGAAGAUAUCCAAAGUUCCUGGCCAGAAGGCUCAAGUAUCCCUGGCUCUAUCAGAAGCUGUGAUCAAUUUGGAUCCUGCUGAGAAGAUCCCCAAAGACCACAGACUCGAUGUGUCCGUGGUCACGAAGCAGACCCUUGGGGUUUUCUCACAUGUUGUCCCCGGAAAGUCAGAUGAAGUUGUGCCAGAAUCCGAGAAACUCUUCAUGGAGGGAAGGAUAGUGCAGAAGCUGGAAUGUCGUCCAUAUGCGGAUAAUUGCUACAUGAAACUCAAACUCGAGUCAAUCAAAAAGGCUUCGCAGCCUGUCCGGAGAGUUCAAUCCCUCGAGAAAAUUGUCCACAAUUACAAACCCGUCUCAGAUCACAAACACAAUAUUGAGUACAAGGAGCGAAAGAAGACAGAAGGCAAGAAAGCUCGAGAUGACAAGAAUGCUGUUCAGGAUAUGCUUUUCAAUGCCUUUGAAAAGCAUCAAUAUUACAACAUUAAAGAUCUCGUCAAGAUUACAAGGCAGCCAAUUGGAUACCUUAAGGAGAUUCUCAAGGAAGUGUGUGACUACAACAUGAAGAAUCCCCAUAAAAAUAUGUGGGAGCUGAAGAAGGAAUAUCGUCACUACAAGACAGAGGAAAAGAAGGAAGAAGUUCCCCUCUCAGACUCCGAUAGCAAUUAAUUUUGAUAAAUUUCCUUCUAGUGUAUAUUUUUCCAUGUACAAUAAAUAUAAUUGUGCCUCAUUGCUA